AUGGAAGACGUCUUCGACAGUGGGAGACGCACCGAAAGAGACGCAGAAGAUGUCUUUGAAAGUCAAGAAGAUGAGAGUACAGGUCAUAAAUGUUUUUCUGUACCAAUUCAGCCUGACGAAGAAGACGCUGCGCAAGACCAAGAUACGGAGCCCGGCAGUAAGCGCCACACGCUAUUUACUUCGUUGGAACAAGCUGUGGAGAUUCCGGUUCCUAAGCGGCAGAGUCAAAGAAUUUUGCUCAGAAAAAUAUCGGCGGUGGCACAAGUCGAGGAUGACUUUGAGACAGCCUACGUUGUGGAUUCAGAGGUAGAUAUGCCGACAACGUUUAAGUCGGCGAUAAAAUCCAACAACGCGGUCAAGUGGAAGGAAGCAUGGGUGUUCCGCGUCAAAGAGAAUCAAGAUGGUGGGAUCGAGCGCUCUAAAGCGCGCCUUGUUGUGAAGGGGUUCCCACAGAAGUUUGGCAUCGACUACGGGGAAACACUUGCUCGGGUUGCCAAGUUCACUUCGAUUAGAGUCAUCCUCAGUCUUGCAGCCAAGUACCACCUUGAUGUGCACCAGAUGGAUGUCAAGACCGUGUUUCUGAGCGGCGAGCUGGAUGAAGACAUCUACAUGGCGCAACCAGACGGCUACGUCGACGAAGAUCACGAGCAUUUCGUUUGCAAACUGCAGCGGUCACUGUACGGACUAAAAUAA